GCUGCUGCCGCCAGUGCUGCUGCCGCCGCCUCUGUGCCCGCGCCCCGGAGAUGUCCUUCCCCCAGCUGGGCUACCCGCAGUAUCUCAGCGCCAGCCAGGCGGUGUACGGGAGCGACCGGCCCGGGGUGCUGGCCGCCGCCGCCGCAGCCGCCGCCGCCGCCGCUGCCGCCUCGGGCCGGCCCGCGGGCGCCGAGCUGGGCAGCGGCUCGGCCGCUGUCACCUCGGUGCUGGGCAUGUACGCCAGCCCCUACAGCGCCCCCAACUACAGCGCCUUCCUGCCCUACACCGCCGACCUCGGCCUCUUCUCCCAAAUGGGCUCCCAGUACGAGCUGAAAGAUAAUCCGGGUGUCCACCCUGCUACCUUUGCUGCCCACACUGCCCCCGCCUAUUAUCCCUACGGACAAUUCCAAUACGGGGACCCGGGGCGGCCCAAAAAUGCCACCCGGGAGAGCACCAGCACGCUGAAGGCCUGGCUCAACGAGCACCGCAAGAACCCCUACCCCACCAAGGGCGAGAAGAUCAUGCUGGCCAUCAUCACCAAGAUGACCCUCACCCAGGUCUCCACCUGGUUCGCCAACGCCCGCCGGCGGCUCAAGAAGGAGAACAAGGUGACCUGGGGCUCCAGGAGUAAGGACCAAGAAGAUGCAAAUCUCUUUGGGAGUGACAAUGAGGGGGACCCCGAGAAGAAUGAAGAUGAUGAGGAAAUUGACCUGGAGAGCAUAGAUAUAGAUAAAAUUGAUGAGAAUGAUGGGGAGCAGAGCAAUGAGGAAGAGGAGGAGAAGCCUGAGCUCCUGAGACAAAGCAGCGAAGAGGAGCACUUGGAAAAGGAGAAGGAUUUGGCACUGUCAGGGUCUGAAGGGCUGAAACCCAAAGACACGCUGGCCAUGGUGAAGGAGGCCUCUGACAAUAGCACGAGAAUCAUCAGUCCUGGGGGACCGAACAAUUUACAGAUGCCAUCUCACAGCAAACCCAAGAUUUGGUCUUUGGCAGAGACAGCAACGAGUCCUGAUGGUGCCCUGAAAUCUUCUCCUCCUCCGCCCCCUCCUCCCCAGGUUAACCACACUUCUCCUCAGAUUCAGCACCCCGCUUUUCUCCCUAGCCAUGGACUCUACACAUGCCAGAUUGGCAAAUUUCACAACUGGACAAAUGGGGCUUUCCUCACUCAGAGUUCCCUUCUAAAUGUGAGGUCCUUUUUGGGAGUAAAUCACCACCAUGCUGCUCAUCACAAUCACCACCUCCAGGCCCAGCAACAAUCUUCUGUUUUAACAGCAACCCUGGGAGCGCUAAGCAGCGACAAACCUUCAGAGAGGACCAGUCCCAAACACAUAGAAAGAGAAAAUGUACCAAGAACUGACUCCCCACCCCAGCCGCUAAAAUCGCCCUUCCAGCCUGUCCGUGACAACUCUUUGGCUCAGCAAGAGGGAACGCCGAGAAUUUUAACAGCUCUCCCUUCUGCUUGAUUAAAUGAUUUGGUGAAAAAAUAUUACAGAGACUGGUAUUAAGGACAGAGAGAGUGAAAAAAAAGGAAACGGUAUAAACGACUCCCAUCAAUCUCUUUUUGCAAUAAGGUGGUGCAAAUCCAUAAAAGCAUUACACAAAUCUGUAGAUGGAUCCCCUUCCUCAUUGUACCAUUUCAGAUCGUGUUAUUCUAACCAUUCUUGGAUUAUUUGUUUGGUAAAUGUUUCCCAUGUGUUUGUGGUUUUCUUUUUUCUGUAUAUAGAGUGAUUUCAGAUUGUAAAUAACACGUCAGCAAAACUUGUCUAAAUCAUAUAUUUUUGUCUAAUAAA